CUAAAGAGCGUCCUGACCCCAGCAGAGCAGCUGCAGAGCCAACGGAGACAACAUGACCGCCGCCUGUCACUCAGACAACGUAAUCAGGAAAGUGGACCUCCUCUGCCAGAGGAACAAUGCUGACCAUAACACGGAUGAAAUCACUACAAGGCAGCUGAUUGUGAGACGAGGACAGCCUUUUCUCAUUACCGUGGAGAUGUCCUUUGCCUUCCAGCCAUCGGAUGUGCUUAAAUUCACGGUGGAAACAGGUCGCUUUCCGUCAGAAAGCAAAGGGACCAGGAGUACUUUCAGUAACCACGGUCACAUGUGCACUGCCGGCAGUAAGGCAGUCUGGAGCUGCCGACUCGAUGACAGGUCUGACCUGCAGAGGGGCAUCGUGACCCUCUCUGUGACCCCGGCAGUGGACGCUCCAGUGGGGAGGUACGCCCUGUCUGUGGAGCCGGAGAGUGGGAGGGCCGCCAAGGAAAGCCUGGUGGUGCUUUUCAACCCCUGGUGCCGCGACGACAUGGUGUUCCUGCCAGACGAGAAGGAACGGCGGGAAUACGUGAUGAACGAGCAAGGAAUCGUUUACAAAGGGACCGCACACUACAUCAUAUCUGAUGUCUGGGAGUUUGGACAGUUUGAAGAAGAAAUGGUGGAUAUUUGCCUCAGGUUGUUGGAUGUCAACCCAAAAUACCAGAAAGACCCCGAUGAUGACGUUGCAGCUCGCUGCAACCCGAUCUAUGUCAGCCGUGUCAUCAGUGCCAUGAUCAACAGCAACGAUGACAGGGGCGUUUUAACUGGAUGCUGGGAUGACAACUACCAGGGUGGUACUUGUCCCACCAGAUGGAACAGCAGUGUCACCAUCCUGCAGCAGUGGUAUGAAAACAGCUGCAUGGCGGUAAAGUUCGGACAAUGCUGGGUCUUCGCUGCCGUUAUGUGCACAGUGAUGCGGUUCUUCGGUAUACCUUGCCGUGUCGUCACAAACUUUGACUCUGCUCACGAUGAGAACAACAGCCUCACCAUUGACGAGUAUUUUGAUGAAUAUGGAUUAAAAUCCACGGAGGGGAUCUGGAACUUCCAUGUGUGGGUGGAGGGCUGGAUGAAGCGCCCAGAUCUCAACAGAGGAAGCAAAUAUGACGGCUGGCAGGUCUUGGAUCCCACUCCUCAGGAAAGGAGUGAAGGGGUGUUCUGCUGCGGUCCAGCACCGGUGGCCGCAAUCCACGAGGGGGCCACGGACCUGAAGUACGACAUUCCCUUUGUCUUCAGUGAGGUCAAUGCUGACAAAGUCAUGUGGAGGAUCAAUGCUGAUGGCUCAAAGACUAAAAUGAAGCACCUUAGCGACACAUCGAGUGUGGGCCAGAAAAUCUCCACCAAGGCUGUUGGCAGCUUCACAAGGAAUGACAUCACGGACACCUACAAAUACAAAGAAGGCUGCAUAAUGGAGAGAGUGGUCUACGACAAUGCCGUCAGACGGCUGAACUCGCAAGACGAUGAUAGCCAUAGGAACACCUGCGACUACAUUUCACCAGAAGAGGUGGAAAUGUCAUUAGAAAAGGAAGCCAAUUUCAGGAAUGCACAGGAUAUCAAACUGAAUCUGAAGCUGAGAAACAAAGCUCAGAAAUAUAAGAGGAUGACUAUUUUUGUGAACGCCCAAGCCAUGAACUACACCGGAACUGUGAUCCAGAACAUCCUGCAUGAAAAGCAUGAGAAAACCCUGCAGGCUGGAGAAGUUGUGAACAUUCCCAUCCAGAUCCCGUACUCAGUCUACAGUAAGUACAGUGCUAACCUCGACAGCAUGAAGGUGACCGCCCAGGCCUCGGACGGAGACGGUGAAAUCUAUGAGGCCGAGACUAACCUUGCCCUGGAAGACCCACCCAUCACCAUAAAGGUUUUGGGUGAAGCUCGUGUGAACUGUCCAAUGACCAUUGAGGUGGAAUUUGAAAACCCGCUGAACGAGACGCUGAGGUCCUGCUCCCUGACCGUCAUUGGCUGCGGCCUCUUCAGAUCUGGCUACAUAGACAGUGGCAUCAACGAGCUGCAACCUAAUUCAACUUUGAAGCUCAAUAUCACUGUGACCCCCUACAAGGUGGGACUGAAGACUUUAGUGGCCGACUUUGACUGCAGCGCCUUCAGAGACGUAAAGGGAAGCUGCACCGUCUACGUCAAACCAUGAGCCAUUGCUGUGUGCCCCAUGUGUAGAUCAGGCUGCAGUCAGCAUUGUUAGAGCUGCUUUGUUUAGGGAUCUUUGGAAACGUGUUUAACAAUUCAAUGAUGAUUUCAUGAUAUUUAUAUUCUAUUUAUAGUAUAAAUAUUAUAGUAAUAUAGUAUUGUAAAUUUAGUUCACAAUACUAGUUAUCUAUAUAUUAUACUCAUGGGACAAAUCUAUCAGCAAAAUUCUG